AUGUCUCAGAAACCAAUUUUCGUUGCAACCCAUCCCCGCGCAUGUUCCACUGCGUUUGAGCGAGUCUUCAUGACUCGCCGGGACACCAUCCAAUGUGUCCACGAGCCGUUCGGCGACGCCUUCUACUAUGGCCCCGAGCGACUCGGCUCCCGCUACAUGGGCGACGAGCACGCACAGACCCGCCGCGAGAGCGGGUUCGGCGACUCGACCUACAACACCGUGCUGGAGAGAAUCGAGCGUGAAGCCUCCGAGGGCAAAAGAAUCUUCAUCAAGGACAUCAUGCACUACCUGCUCCCGCCGGACGGCAAACCCGCCGACAUCGCUCCGUCCCUGAACCGGAUCAAGCGCGGCGUAGGCACCGACUCCUCCGUAGAGCCAUCUCCCGCUGCUGCCCCUGCCUCUAAGGCGGCGGCAGCAACCCCCGAGGAACGCGGCAAUCCCACCGUGAUGCCCAGGGAGCUCCUCUCCCGCUUCCACUUUGCGUUCCUCAUCCGCGACCCGCACUACAGCGUGCCGUCGUACUACCGCUGCACGAUCGCCCCGCUGGACGACGUGACCGGCUUCCACUACUACGACCCGUCCGAGGCCGGGUACGACGAGCUGCGCCGCACGUUCGACUACCUGCGGCGCGAGCGGCUGAUCGGCCCGCACAUCGCGACCCGUGAGCAGGACGCCGACGAGCUCGAGGGCCGGCUCAAGCCGGUCGGCGCCCCGGGGAGCCACGCUGCGGGCGACGAGAUUUGUGUCAUCGAUGCGGAUGAUCUGCUCGACAAGCCUGCGGCCAUGAUCGAGGCGUUUUGUCGCAGCGUCGGCAUCGAGUAUGACCCCUCCAUGCUGGACUGGGAUAACGAGGCGGAUCAGAAGUAUGUCAACGAUGCGUUUGAUAAGUGGAGGGGGUUCCAUAAUGAUGUUAUCGAGUCGAAGGGGCUCAUGGCACGGACGCAUGAACGCCCGGUCAAAACGGAGGAAGAGUUCGACGCCGAGUGGCGCAAGAAGUACGGUCCGGAGGGCGCGGCCCUCAUCCGUCGGGCUGUCGACCAGAACAUGGCGGACUACCUGUACAUGAAGCAGUUUGCCAUGAAGGUGUAG